CCUCUUUUAAAUGCGAUAUACUUUUCUACUCUGUGAUUGUCGUGUCGUUACGUAUUUCGAAACGAAACUGUAGAAAGUAUACUAAUCGCGAUUAAGAGAAAUUAUUCUAAUCGUUAAUUUAUUUUGCAACGAAUUUUGGAGAUAAAUGAACCGUUCGUGCACAAUUUGAUUACAUUUUCGUAAAAUACAUAGCUUAUUAAGAGGAAGGAUUCAGAAUUUGCGCAGCAGCUGAUGUGUAAAGAUGGCCAAGCUCGUCAAUACAAACAAAUAGUGGUCAGUGAUGUGCUGGUUUUAUAAUUGACUGCGCGUAAAGGGCAAAUGAUAAGGACAUUUAUUUUGUUGCACAUUAAAAGAUGGCUUAUGAUCCACGCAAUCUAAAAUUUCCAUCAGACAUGCACAGCCAUCAGCAUAAUCAGCCUAAUAUGAAUGGAUACACAUAUUCUGGACAUUCAGUAUCUCACGUUCAACAAACAGAUGAAAACAGAAAUGAAAAUAAUUGUGGAAAUAAGGAAACAUGCCCACAAAUAUCUCAUCAAUCUUCGGGUACACAGACUAUUCAAAAAGUAGAUGUAGCAACUAUGACUGAUCCGUUGCAAAUAGACUUUAAACUUACUUCUGAGUACUUAGCACGAUGUUCUAGUACGUUAGAUUUACCUUAUGUAGCAAAAUAUGAAGAGAAUAGCAACAAUUCAACACAUAAUUGUCAAGAAACUCAAUCAGAAAUUGAAUAUGAGGUUGAGCCACAACAUAUCAAUGGCAUGUUAAUCUAUCAAUGUCCGGAGUGUGCAUACAGAUGUGAAGACAGAGAGAUAUUGCAUGAACACUUAGAAGAUCACAGACAACGACCUCACAUCUGUGAUAUUUGUGGUGCAAGUUUAAAACGCAAGGAGCAUCUAGAUCGUCACAAACAAGGACACAAUAAAGAUAGGCCGUAUCAGUGUAAUAUGUGUCGUAAAGCAUUUAAACGCAAUGAACAUCUUGCACGACACAUGAUUAUACACUCAGGUAGAAAAAAUCAAGUUUGUACAGAGUGCGGUAAGGCAUUUUACAGAAAAGAUCAUUUGAAAAAGCAUUUGCAAAGUCAUAGUGGUAGCAGAGGUAAAACUUUAAAUGGUUCACAGAAUAAUCAAAAUAAUAGUGAUGAAGGAGGAUUAAGUAGUUUUGCAAUGAUGAUGAGACAGGCUGGGCCACCUCCGUUUUCUAUUUUGAGAACUUAAUACAUUUUUAUUUUA